CUACGCGGCGCCAAAAGUGCGCCACGAAAGCGGCCCACGACUAUGCCCGGUGCGGCGGUGAAGUGCGGGACGACCACUUGACAGGCCUGGGCGAGGUCUGAGCCGUUACCGGGAGGGCAAACACAUUUCUUCGUAUGGGAGCAGCAUGCGGGAAAUGGUUGGAGGUUGCUGCGUGUGUUCAGACGAGCGAGGCUGGGCUGAGAACCCCCUGGUUUACUGUGAUGGACACGGCUGCAGCGUCGCCGUCCACCAAGCAUGUUAUGGCAUCGUCCAGGUUCCCACCGGUCCGUGGUUCUGUCGGAAGUGUGAAUCACAGGAGAGGGCGGCACGCGUGAGGUGUGAGCUGUGUCCCCACAAAGAUGGUGCCCUCAAGAGGACAGACAGUGGAGGUUGGGCCCACGUUGUGUGCGCACUCUACAUCCCCGAGGUGCAAUUUGCCAACGUCCUCACUAUGGAGCCCAUCAUCCUGCAGUACGUCCCGCAUGACAGAUACAUCAAGACCUGCUAUAUCUGUGAGGACCACGGGAGGGAGAGCAAGGCUGCCUGCGGAGCCUGCAUGACCUGCAACAGACAGGGCUGCAGACAAGCUUUCCAUGUCACCUGUGCUCAGAUGGCAGGUCUGCUGUGUGAGGAGGAAGGCCCCGAAGCUGACAACGUGAAAUAUUGUGGCUACUGCAAGCACCACUACAACAAGUUGCAAAAGAAGUUGCGCUCCAGUGAAAAUACAAGUACCUCCUUCACUCAUCCCAGGGGACGCUCAAGCUCUCCACCACUAGACAAACAUCACCACCACAGACAGAGGAAGAGUCAUAAGGACAAGAUGCGGCAAAAAGAGCGCCACAAGAAGUCCUCUGACAGCCUGGGCUCUUCAGUGACGACCAGCAGUAUAGAAAAAGGUAUGAGCAGUCACCACAGCAGCAGCAAGGACAGCGAGGGAAAGCCCAAGAAGCUGAGCUCACACAGUCGGCAUCGCAGCAAGAAGACGGGAAGCACCGGCAAGAGCUGCGCCUCGUCCUCCUGUUCCUCCAGUCCAUUCAACAACGGGUGCUCCCUGUCUUCCGCUCAGGAUUUCCAUCAGUUCUCAUCAUCCUCCCGCCUGGAGCGGGACCACGACCAGGGGGGUGACGACCACAGCGGCGAGGAGCGUAAGGAGCGCCACAGGAGGCCAGCGGUCCAGGAGGAGGAGCACAAAGAGGACGAUGAAAAGGAGGAGGACAAAGACGAGGAGGAGGAGGAGGAGGAGGAGGAGGAGGACAAUAAAUACCACAAGCCACCAGCUUUGACCCCUGCUGAUGGCCCACUGGCAGGGUCACAGGGUAACGACAGGUCGGAGGGCAACUCCAGCCCUUUCGAGAACAAGGUCACUAUCUCCACCUUUGGGUCCAUCAUGCGCAUCACCUCUUCGACGGGGCUGGGCAGCAGUAGCAAGCUCCGGAAGAUCUCCUCCUCCGGGGACUACAAGCACUCCAAGUCUCUUUGUAAGCCGUCUCAACUGAGCACGCCGCCCAUCCUGGAGGAGGCGGCCCUGGAGGACAAAGCCACGCCUCCGCCGCUGCCCAGGGAGAGGAGGCACCGGGGCAACAAGAAGAGCAGCCACGGUCCGGGGCGGCCACGGGGCAAGAACCGAGAGAGGAGGGAGGAGGCACACCACCACCAUCACCACACAGCGCCUCCUCCUCCUCCUCCUCUUCCUCCUCCUCCUCCUCCUCCUCUUCCUCCUCCAGCCUUAACCUCCUCGCUCUACCCGAGCACGUCCUCCAUCCCCCACCCCUUCCCCUCCACGCUGCCUCCACAGCCGUCUCCUCUUCCUCUUCUUCCUCUUCUUUCAUCCUCCUCCUCUGCCUGCAGUUUUUCCACAAGCCGCGGCAACUCUCUACUCAGCUCCGGUAUCUAUUCCAGUCUCAAGGACCCGCUAACACUGGGCGGGGUAUCUGCAGUAACCCCUCUCUCCCUGGGCGGGGAAUGUGUAGCAUCCCCUCUCUCCUCAGGACUCCUCACAUCCCACGUCUCUCGCUCUCACUUCCAUCAGUCAACGUUGUACUCAAACACACAGGUCCAUCCAUGUUCCAGCACCUCCUAUAGCCUGACCUCAACUCAGCCGUUCGCCAGCUGUCUCUCCACAGCCCCGACACUGCCGCCACUACUGACCCAAGCCCAGACCUCACUGCCAGAGUCCGACCUCGAUGACUGUCGCUUCCCGUGUCAGGGGAACUCACCGAGAGAGAGUCUUUCUUCACAGUCUCCUAUGAGCUGUCUUCCUCUUCUGUUUGACCAGAGGGACGGGUUGGGUGGAGGAGUCCGAGCCCGUCCUGAGAACGUCCCUCCGGCCAGCGCCCACAUUGAGCUCCUGCUGGAGAAGCAUGGCAACGGAGAGAUGGGAGUUAACAUUGUGGAGAUGCUCCAGUCGCUCCACUCCCUGCAGCAGGAGAACCAGCGCCUCCAGGAUCAGAUCCUCAGCCUGACGGCCAAGAAGGAGCGGCUGCAGCUGCUCAACACGGAGCUGGCCAUUUCUUUCCCUCCACACAUGCAUUCUGCCCACGGCUCCAUGCACACCUCUGCCCAGAUUCACUUCCUGUCAUCCAGCCAAGACCCCCUGAGCACCAAUAAGAGUCCCCUGUCCAAAAGCUGCUUCCUGAAUGACACCUCUUUUGUUACCUCGUCUGAGGAGCUCCACUCUGGUAGUCCGUCCCGCAGUAGCUCCUCCCUCUCCUUCCAGAGCACUCCUCCUCCUCAACAGAGCCCCGCCUCCUUCGGCCAGCCCCUGCUGAACGGCCUGGCUCGAGGUCUGAGCGACGGCGGCUUGGGGACCAUCGGUCAGCCCGUGGUGGGCGGGCUCAUGUCGUCCCUGGCAGGAAGUCCUCAGCUGAAUAUGAACGGCAUGCUGGGCAGUCUGAACGGCGUGAUCCAGUCUCCCGCGCAGAACGCCCCUCAGCCCACACUCCCCGCUUUGCGCCCCCAGCCUCCACCGCUCAACCCCCAGGCACUGGCACAGGGCUUCCAGCUUCCCAAGAGUGUGAGCCCGUCUUCUCUCCUGUCGGAGCAGCAGAAGCAGCUUCUUCUCGAGCAGCAGCAGCAACAGCAGCAGCUCCAGCAGUUCCUCACCUCACAGAACUUCACUCCCGAGCAGCAGGUGAUGGUGUGCCAGAUGCUGCAGCAGCAGAGGCAGAGGGAACUGCAGCGCCUCACGCUGACGGGAGCCCUCGCCUCCACCCCGAACUCCCCCCUGAUCGCCCAGUCACCCAACCUGCUGUCCUCCGCCACAGCCUCACCCCUGCAGGGCGGCCAAGGAGGCAGCCUCUUUGGCCUGCAGGACAAUGCACUUCACAAGCCCGGGGCUGCAGGAGAGAAGGGCGGAGACAAGAACGGGUGACGUUUUCUUGAUUUCACAGGAGCAGCUCAAAUGAAGAUAUGGGGCGCCGCAGCCCGCUUGAAGAACUGAGGUCAACUUACGAGACCUCCGAACGUCUUUCCUUCUCUGUCAUCUUUAUCCUACACCCUCUUUUAUGAAUGUAUAACAGGAUGGACUUUUUUCGUGUUUUUGAAAUUCUUUCUAUCAGAGGUUCUUCUCAUAGGUUUUUGUGUAGGCAGCUUUCAGAGAGCAUGAAUACAGUGGUCUCUUCUUAAAUUGCACUAAUUUGUUAGCUAGACCAAUGGGGCUGCUUGUGAAGGCAGAGCCAGAGUCCCUGCUCACCCCCCCCCCUGCGGGUGCUGUGUAGGCUUUUUGGGUCGAAGUGUGAACUCGAGGUUCAGAGCGAUCUCUUUUCUGACCAUUCAUGAUUCCCCUCCUCAGAGUUUUCCAUUCAGAUCGGUGAGAAUCACAGACGUCUGCCACUUCUUUGCAACCUCAACUGUCUUCCUUGAUAUUUUGUCUUCCCUUUGUGUUCACCCCCCCCACCCAAAUUGUCAUCCAGAUCUUCUAUAUGUUGCAGGCACUUAUUACGUAUAAAGGGUUAAAUAUGCUGUCAUUUCCGACAUGUGGUCAGUGGCACUUCAACAUUAAGCUAGUUAUUACCUCAGAUCUUUCUGCCACCUAUUCUCCAUUGUUGAAAUUUUGUGCUGACUCAUUACCGCAAUAGCCUUCACUGGAUAUAUAAAUACCCACCAAAAAUCUUGAUGUUAACUCUUAAGGUAUUAACUCUUGUAAAUGUCAAAAUGGCAAUGAGCCCACGUGUCCAAAAAAUGGCGCCUAUCGUCCACUAGAGACCGGCAUCAACGGGCCAGAUUUUAUUCUAAAAAAGUAUCACGAGACUUUCUAAAGACUUUUAUAUCCUCCCAGUUGCUGUCGAGAUUAAGCAGACAAAACCAAACAUUUGGAAAAUGUAAGUAAGAAAUUAAUUGUUUUGACCUAAACAAGUGUGCACUUUGCAUGUUAGCAGCUAACAGAGCAAAAUUUAGUCAUGGACACAGUACCUUUCUAAAGGAUGCUCGGUACUUCUAGGCCACUAGGGACUGACAGGUUUUUGAUUUAUGUGAGUAUUUUUGCACUCCUCCUCCUGAAGUGUCACUUUUUUAUGUUACUUCCACACAGGUAUUCCUUUCAUGUUCACCAACUAGUUGUUCUUUUAGCAAUACUGGAUAGAUGAUGCCUUAAUGAUGCUAGAUUUACAGAGGAAACCACGAGCCCGAAGGCUCACUCUCUUGUCGUCUUUCUUUGAUAGUGUUUUUUUAUCUCGGGGGCACACGGAGGGGUACAUUAGUAAAGCACUCUUCCUAAAACCCAUUUAUACUUUUGAUAGCUGACUGAUGAUUUCAAAAGUCGAAACCGUGUGAAUAACCGUAUAGUGGUAACUGAAGUGUCAAAUCAUUUUCUAUUGUACUUUUUUUGUGUUCAGAUGCAAUGUUCUUUAGUUGUUUGUGCUUCAGAGAACUGAGAAACAACAGUGAAGGCUGCACGGCGGCGUCAUAGGAGAGAUGUAAACUAUUAUUAAAGUGCCGUCGCAGCAGUGUGUGUGUGAGAUGCAUAGCGUAGCUGUUAUCGGACGGCGAGUUGCCAGUGUGGUUACUGUCGGCCGUCACCGCAGGGCCGUUUGAGCCCAGGUCUAACUUAAGCCAAUGUAGAGAUAAGCUCGUCUUUCCUUCCACUCCACUUUAUCUUAGUGACGGCUCAGUUUUACUAACACGCAGAGUAAGGGAUUCUUUUCUCAUAUUUUAUCCUGUGUUCUUUAACAAUAUUGUCAUAGGCAGUUUAAAACUAUUUUCUCACUUCUGUUUUGCAAUCUUGAACAUGAUCUCCCAUACAUGUGAUAUCUUGAGUGCUAGAUUAUUUUGUUAGCAGCUAAUGUAGACGUCGGAAAGGAACUGAAUACUGUAGCAAUGACAGAAGGAGAAUGUUGAUUAUGUUGAUGAAGACAUGAGCCAACAACGCGUUGACAUGACUCCGAGUGGGAGGUCUGCAAUUUACCAAGUUUUGUCCUUUGGAGUGGCCUCUCAGUCUCAGACACACAACCCUGUUUCCAGGAGGUUGACCGAGGAGCGGUGCGAAGGAUUUCUGAAGCGGUUUCUUUCUCAUGUUGCACUGGGGCGCUUUGGGCCCAAUUGUAAAUCGUUUUUUUUUUUUUAGUACCUUUCAAUUUUGUUGGAAUACGAGUUGUAUACUUUAAUAUGUUUGUGCAAAAAACACAUUCAUUCUUUUAAGCUUUGAAGUUUGGGUAACCAAGAUAAUCCAUGUUCUGAAUGUCGUACUGUGUAUCUUUUAUGUAUUACAACAUUUAAGCACCUGGCUCUGAAUGAGGUUUGACGGAGAGCGAGUUACCUAUCGGGAUAUGAAUUGCAUGAAAUGCAGUGACGUCUCUCAGAAGUGUUGCUAAAUACCAAGUAAUAACUAUGCAUCAUUUGAAAUGCAUUGUUCCCUGAAAUGAAAAAAAAAAAAAGAAGAAAUUAAAUGAAAUGAGCACUGAAUUUUAAAAAGGACAAGCAUGUUGUCAUUGUACAGUGUAUUUGUUUGAGAGAAUUGAUCAAAACAAAUUUGACAAUAUUCAGAUUAAAAGCCCUGUAAAGUAUUUUGAUAUUUUUGUGUGUAAAAUUAAAAGGACUGAUUAAGACAACUUUUUUUUGUCAAUAAAUGUAUUUUACUGAGUUGUU